AGUGUCGUAUUUCGUACGCGAAACAUAACGAAUAAAAGGUAAACAACACUACAAAGAUACACAGUAAGCGGAAAUCAAUAACAUCGGUAAUUUUUUACCGAAUUCUCAAGAUACGGAAUUCGUUAACCAGUUAGGCUGCGAAAUCAUGCCCAAUCCGGUUCUCUACUAUGAUGACAUUAGCCCACCAGUUCGAAGCGUUCUGCUGACACUUGCAGCUCUAGGAAUCAAAGAUAAAGUUGACUUCAAAUGGAUUGAUCUAUUUUCUCGAGGUCAUUUGGAGGAAAGUUUCGUUGAGCUCAAUCCACUGCACACGGUACCGGUUUUGCAGCACGAUGACCUCAUUUUAACCGACAGUCAUGCAAUAUUGAUGUACCUCUGCGACGAGUACGGGAUGGAUUCGCCGUUUUCAUUGAAAGAUCCUAAGAAACGGGCCCGAGUGCACAAUAGAUUGUGCUUCAACAAUGCCGUCCUGUUCAGACGGGAUUCAGAAUUAUUUCAACAAGUGUUUCGAGGGACAAUCAAAAACCUAUCGGAACACACAAAACCAAUCGAGGAAGCAUUCGACUAUUUGGAGUCCUAUUUGAAUGAAUCCAGCUUUGUCGCAUGUGAUGAGCUUACAAUUGCGGACUUUUCGAUAGUGGCAACUUUGAGCACGGCGGAAAUUGCAUGCCCGGUCAACGACGGCAUUCGAUGGCCCCGGUUGGCGGCAUGGUAUGGGAAAAUGAAAUUGCUUCCCUACUACGAAACGGAGAAUCAAAUUGGAUUGGACAAAUUGAAGAUGAAAAUUAAGGCAGCUUUGGGUUGAUGUGGGAAGUCUAGUUAAUAAACUUAUUUGAAAUUCAUGUGGGAA